UAUGAAUCCUAAAGACUUCUUUGAGAUUACACAUUACUCAUUAUAAGAAACUGAAUAGAUUCCACCUUUCAGAAAUAAUCUAAAUACAUUCAAUAAAUAAACCUAUUCUAUAUCCUCAGCAUCAACUGGCAAACCACAUUCUUUAAGCAAAAUUAUUAAUGAACCUAUUUAUUUUAUUAAUGAGGGUCAUCUCUAUUUAGUAGGAAGAAAAGAAAUUUAAUAAGGCAAAACAUAUGUUGGAUAUUCAGUUUAAUAUCUAACUCUAAUUAAAUAUAAAGGUUUAUAUGAAAUGGAUUGCAUUAAUAUUGACGUAUAUAUAUAUUUUAAUAAUUAAUUAGACAAAUCUAGAGUCUUUAAAAAAGAAUAAAACAUAUCGUUAAUUGUCUUCAUCAUAUUUUGAAAGAGUGAAAGAUGGAUAAGAAUUACUAAUCUUCAAUGAAAGUAGAUUAGAAGAAUAGGAUGAAUAUUCAUUAAGUUAUGUUCUAAGUUAUAAGAUUCAAAAUUCGGCAUAACUUGUGUAAUUUAUUAUUUUAUUACAUCCUAGACAAGAAUAAGUGCGUUUAGAGAAGAAAUAAUAGCAUACUUUUAAAGCAUUUCAGCCAUUUGAAUCUCAUUAUUCAAUGGUUAGUGAAAAUGUAUUUUAAAACUUUAUAAAUUAGUUUCCUGAAGUAUUUUUAGAGUAUUAAUGUUUAAAUGUUUCCUCAUAAGCUUUAGAGAUGAAAAAUAUUGAAUUUAAAGUUGAAAAUAUAAUGACAAUAUAAAGAAUGGUAUUUAUAAUUGUUUAUUCAUUUAGAAAGAUUACUAAUUACCAGUUAUAUUAGCAUAAGAUGAAUGUUUAAAAAUAAUAUAUAGAAUUUAAAUAGAGACAUCUGAUUUAAAAGCUAUCUAUACUGUUUUAACUUAAAAGAGUAAUUUUUAUUCUUAUAUUUUUAUUAGAGGAUUUAACAGAGUAUGAUUUGAGAUUGGGAUAAAUUCAUUUAGAAUGGGGAACUUGUGGAAAUUAUUAUGGAACAUAAAAAACUUGUUUGGUUAGAAUAUAUCCAAUAAAUCUCAGACCUUCUCGAUCAAUUUAAAUUGAAAAAGAAGUUAUAACAACAGUUGAAAUUGAUAUAGAUUUAGGAAUCUUAUUUGAUGUUCCUUAAAUUGAUUUAGCUAUCAAAUUAGAAGAAUUAGAAAUGAAAGCAAUUAAGAUUGUGGGAAUGAGUUAAAUGGUAUGAUUUAGUUAAUAAAAAUAGAAAUUAAAUUAUCCUCCUGGAUUAAGAACUAGAAGAAUUAAAUUAGAUGUUGUAGGUUAUAACUGCGGUUUUCAUUUAAUAAAAGGAAUAAAAUUAUAUGAUCCAAAAACUUUGAAAAACAUUUCAUAUAAAAACUUUCUUUCUGUUUUUGUUGUAAAUAAACAGCAAAACUUAAAUGUUUAAUAAUAAUUGGCCUAAGAAGUAAACCUAUUGGAUUUAGAUAUGAAUUAACCUAAAAAAGUCGAAGAAUAGAAUUUGUUAGAUUUAAUUUGA